AUGAUUCCCUCCAGAUCACUAUCAUCUCUUCUUGCCCUGCUGGCACUUGCCUUCCUCUCACUAUCAGUGAGCACUUCCCCUCAUCCUCGAACAGCAUCAAGCAUGGCUACUCUUAAGCUCGCUGUUAGAAUAAACUUGUACGGGAUCAAGAACAUUGUAGCUUCAGAUAGUGCUCAAAUCCAAGCCCGACAAGCUGGUGGCAGCUCUUCCAUCAGUGUAAUCAAUGAUGUGACAACAUACACCACUGACAUCGAUGUGGGGAGUCCACUGACGUACUACAAAAUACCUGGAUCGGGACCAACAUACCUUAUGUGA